AAUUGAAAAGCUAGAGCUGAAACAGAAAGCAAGACGCGUUGGAAACGCAGUGUCUUUAGCAUGUCGGUCGCACUCUCUUGAUUUUGUUUCUACGACAGUUACGAUUUUAUUUCAGUUGGAUGUUGUAAAUAUAGAGAAUAUGGAUCCUCAUAAGUUUCACAAGAUUGAUGAGAACCUGACAUGUAGUGAAGUGGCCCAGCUGAAGUUUCUGUGCAUGGACCUAAUUCCCAAGAAACGUUUGGAGACCGUGACUGAUGCCAAAGAACUGUUCCUGAGACUGGAAGAGCAAGCACUGCUUGAUGAUGGGUUACUCAUCCCCGAGCUUCUGAUCACUAUUGGCCACCUUGACUUGCUUGGCAUCCUGGAAAUGUCCAAAGAUGAUGUGGAAAGAAAUCUGCUACAACGUGACAUGUCUAGUAAAGGUGUCUCAGACUACAGAAAAAUGCUAUUUAGAAUAUCUGAGGACAUGACAGAAGAAAACCUUCGCGCAGUGAAAUUCCUUGUGGAACUUCCGAGGUCAAAACUAGGAACGUCUGCUACAUUUCUAGAUGUUAUGAUUGAGAUGGAAAAGCUACAGAAGCUUGGGGAAGACAACCUGGAUGAACUUUACAAUGUUUUAGACAAAUGUGACAAACAGCUGGCCUGCAGGAUAGAGGAGUACAGGGCCCGGGAACAAGGAGGCAGACUUCCUCUACGGGAAAUGUUUGGUAAUGAGCAAGUUUCCUUACCUGUUGAAAAUAUGCUAAGAUAUCAAAUGGAGACAGGAAAUGGAUGUAAGUUAUACUCUCAUACAAACUUUCAAGACAUUACUGAACAUUAA